AUGAGUCCCCCCAAUAGAAUAUACAUAGUUCAAGGAGAAAUAUCUCUUGUUGUGACUGCUAUGAAACGGUCUACAAGAUGGAAUUCUCAUAGCACAGUUGAUGAAGAUGGAGAUCCAUUAUUGUCCGCCUUUUCACAACUUAAAGAGCUUUUAAAUACAGCUCAUGAUUUAGAUGAGUUGGAACCAAAUGGUUUUCUAACACCAUUUUUGGAAGUGGUUCGUUCAGAAGAUACUACAGGACCUAUUACAGGACUAGCUUUGACUUCAAUCAAUAAAUUCCUAUCAUAUGGACUUGUUGAUGUACAAUGUGAAUUAUCACCAGCUGCUAUAGAAAAUAUAGCUGAUGCUGUAACUCAUGCUAGGUUUGUAGGAACUGAUCCUAGUACAGAUGAAGUAGUCUUAAUGAAAAUUCUUUAUGUUUUAAGGACUUUGUUAUUAUGUCCUGCUGGUGUUUUAUUAACUAAUGAAUCAGUUUGUGAAAUUAUGCAGUCAUGUUUUAGAAUUUGUUUUGAAAUGAGACUUUCAGAGUUUUUAAGAAAGUCUGCUGAACAUACACUAAUGGAUAUGGUACAGUUAUUAUUUACUAGAUUACCUGUCUUCAAAGAAGAUCCAAAAUGGAGCGCUAGCAUGAAAAAGUUAAAAAUGAGAGCAGGUGGGGUUGAUCCCUCUAGAUUAGGUAAAAGAAAAAGAUCACCAAAACCCAGGAAUAAGAAAUUGAAUCAGUCAACUCCAAUACCAGAUAAAACAGAUAGAUUAGUUGAAGAGAAUAUAGAACAGAAUUCAGAUGGUAGUCAGAAUCCAGAGACUAAUAGUUUUGAAUAUGUUACCUCAGAUAGAAUAGCUACUACUCCUGUAUCUUCUGAUUUAGGUGCUGCUACUGAUAUACAAGAUAGAACACCAACAUCAGAACAACCCACAGAUAUAGAUCAAGAUGUUGAAUCUGUACCUGUAGAUUCAGAGCAGAAUACUGUGGGUGAUACUGACCCGAAUGUUGAUUCACCACCAAAAUCAUCAAGUGAAACUGAGAUCUCUGAAGUUAGUGAAAAUUGUGAUGAUAAUGAAUCAGUACAUUCUGUUGAUACAGCCUCAGUCAAUGAUGGUGAUUUUGUUAAUCCUAGAGGUAUCAGAUUUACUCAACCACAUUAUCAACAUAAAGAAGGAAGUGGACCUUUGAUUCCCUAUGGAUUACCAUGUGUUAGAGAGUUAUUAAGAUUUGUUGUAUCUCUAUCUAAUCCAUUAGAUAGGCAUAAUACUGAUGUUAUGAUACAUAUGGGAUUAAGUUUGAUAACUGUAGCUCUAGAAGUAGGAGCUGACCAUAUUAGUUCCUUUAAUAGUUUAUUGUAUUUGAUUAAAGAUGAAACCUGUAAAAAUUUGUUAUUGAUUUUAUCUAUGGAUAGAUUGUCAUUAUUUGCAGCAUCUUUAAGAGUUUGUUUUUUAUUGUUUGAAUCUAUGAGAGGUCAUUUAAAAUUUCAAUUAGAGAUAUUUCUGACGAAGCUAGCUGAUAUUAUAGUAUCAGAAUCACCUAAAGUAUCACAUGAUGAAACUAAAGAAGUGGCGUUGGAAUGGUUGAUACAGUUAUGGAGAAUACCAGGCUUGGUGACUGAGUUAUAUUUAAAUUAUGAUUGUGAUUUAUAUUGUUCUAAUCUACUAGAUGAUAUCACUAAAUUAAUAUCAAAGAAUGCUUUUCCUGUAUCUGGUUUAUUUACAACACAUCUACUAUCAUUAGAUGUAUUAUUAACAAUGGUAGACAGUAUAGAACAACAUUGUCAUAGUCGUAUUAUUAGUUCUAGUAAAACACAGUUAGAUAAUCCUGAUAAACUUGAUGAAAAAACAGAAGGGAAAACAAGAAAUGAAGUAUCUACUAGUAGUUCAGAUGGUGAUUCAGACAUCAAUCAUAUUGGUCCUCCAUCAACUGGUUACGGUAUGGCUCAAAAUCUACUCAAAAAAUCAGAUUUAACAUUAGCUAAAGAAAGUAGAAAAGGACCACAAAUUAAACCUAACAGAAUGAAAUCAAACUCACGAAUUAAGACCUCAGAAGAGAUAGCUGCUAUUAAACAUAAAAAAAGGCUAUAUCAUACUGGUACAGAACAGUUUAAUAUCAAACCAGCUAAAGGAAUAGCUUUCCUACAAGAACAAGGUUUACUGAAAACACCAUUAGAUGUUCAAGAAGUGGUGACAUUUUUAAGAGAAAAUCCACGUUUAGAUAAGAAGAUGAUUGGAGAAUAUAUAGCCAACAGAAAACAUGCAGCCAUAUUGUUGGCUUAUGUCAAAUCAUUCAAUUUUGAAGAUCAAAGAGUAGAUGAAUCAUUAAGACAAUAUUUAGAAGCAUUCCGUUUACCUGGUGAAGCUCCUGUUAUAUCUUAUUUAUUAGAACAUUUUGCUGAACAUUGGACGAUAUCUAAUGGUGAACCAUUUGCUAAUGUAGAUGCUGCAUUUACUCUAGCUUAUGCUGUAAUUAUGUUAAAUGUUGAUCAACAUAAUCAUAAUGUUAGAAGACAAACAACUCCCAUGUCUUUUGCAGAAUUCAGAAAGAAUUUAACUAAAACUAAUGGUGGAAAUGAUUUUGAAGAAGAUAUGUUAGAAGAAAUAUAUAAUGCUAUCAAAAAUGAUGAGAUUGUGAUGCCAGCUGAACAGACUGGACUUGUUAAAGAGAAUUAUAUUUGGAAGCAAUCAUUAAAGCGUGGAGCUACUAAAGAAGGUGUUUAUAUACAUGCUCCUACUGGACUAUUUGAUCAUGAGAUAUUUACUUUAAUCUGGGGUCCUACAGUAGCUGCGUUAAGUUUUGUAUUUGAUAAGAGUGGUGAUGAGGCCAUGAUACAGAAAGCUAUCUCUGGAUUUAGGAAAUGUGCUAUGAUAUCAGCCCAUUAUGGUAUUAGUGAUGUGUUUGAUAAUUUAGGAAUAUCAUUAUGUAAAUUUACUACAUUACUCAGUUCUGCACCAGAAAACAUACCAGUAUCAUUUGGUAUUAAUUUUAAAGCUCAGUUAGCUGCUAGAACUGUGUUUGCUCUAGCACAUAGACAUGGUGAUAUAUUACGUGAAGGCUGGAAGAAUAUAUUAGAUUGUAUGUUACAGUUAUAUAGAGCUAAACUAUUACCACAAAAUAUGAUAGAGGUGGAAGAUUUUGCUGAUCCUGCUGGUAAAAUAUGUAUCAUAAGAGAAGAUAACACAACUAAUCAAAGGUCAGAAGCUGGUGUAUUUAGCAGUUUUUAUUCAUAUUUCUCACUAUCAGAAGCUUCCAAUCAGAAAGGUCCAACAUUAGAAGAACAAGAUGCUGCUAAACAGGCACAGCAAUGUAUUGAAGCUUGUCAUAUAGAUUUAUUAAUAUUGGAUAGUAAAUUUCUACGUGAAGAUUCUUUACAAGAAUUAGUCAAGGCUCUGAUACUGGCUUGUCAAGGUAAUGAAGAUCAAACACAAUUUGAUGAAGAUGCAGCUGUAUUUUUCUUAGAGUUGUUGAUAAAAACAGUCCUUCAAAAUAGGGAUCGUGUAUCAUUGAUAUGGCAAGCUGUACGAGAUCACCUCUAUAAUAUUAUAGUCAAUGCUAAUGAACAGUCAUUUUUAGUUGAACGUGCUGUAGUGGGAUUAUUAAGACUAGCUAUUAGAUUGUUACGUCGUGAAGAAAUAGCACCACAAGUUUUAACAUCAUUACGUAUCUUAUUAAUGAUGAAACCUGACGUUAUCCAUAAUAUCAGUCGACAAGUAGCAUUUGGUUUACAUGAUUUAUUACGUACAAAUGCAGCUAAUAUACACUCUAGUCAAGACUGGUUCCCAUUGUUCAUGACUCUGGAAGUUGUUGGAGCUGGAGCCAAUCCUCCUCCUCUAAUGCAAGUUCAUUCUGGUGUUGAUGUUAAAGAAUCAUUAUCCCAGUCUGAUAGUGAAAUACAAUGUAAUAAUUCUCAGACUAGUGAUAUUAGUGAAAGAGGUUAUACUAGUGAUAGUGAAUUAUAUGAUGUACAGAAUAAACGUGUUGGUUCUGUUUCACCAGAAUUACAGUUACGUCCUGUACCAGAUAACGGUAGUUGGCUUUUGGUAAAUAAAGAAGAUCCUCCACCCAGUUCAAAACAAAGAAAAAUCAACCAAUUUACAAUAGAUUUAAAUGAAGUACUACAUUAUUGUGAUAGCAAAGCUUUGUUGAAAUCUUCAGAGACUUUAUCUUUCCUUGUUCGUGAUGCAGCCCAUAUCACUCCACAUAAUUUUGAAAGUUGUGUUCAUGCUAUCAGGACUUUUGUAGAGGCCAGUUUAAAUGGAGGUCACUUAAAGACACAAUUGAGAACAACAUUAAAAGAGAAAAAGUCUCAUCAUAGAAUACAUCGUAGUAAAAAAGAGAGUAAUAAAAUGAAGAAAUCUAGCUCCUCACCAAGUGUAACUAAUAUUAAUAAUUCUGAUGAUGAUAGUGAACAUGACAAUAUGGCUGCCAGUUUACAUUCAUUGUCUAUCCAGCUAUUAGACCUCAUGCAUACACUACAUACUCGUGCUGCUAAUAUAUUUAGCUCUUGGGCUAAAGUUGAUAGUGAAGGUAUUGAUGCUGAAACCAGCUCAUUGUGGGCUAAAUGUUGGUGUCCAUUGUUACAAGGUAUAGCCAGAUUAUGUUGUGAUUCUAGAAGACAAGUGAGAAGUCAAGCCUUAACCUAUUUACAACGAGCUUUAUUAGUUCAUGACUUACAAACAUUAUCAGCUGUAGAAUGGGAGGCUUGUUUUAAUAAGGUUCUAUUUCCACUAUUAACCAAAUUACUAGAGAAUAUCAACUCACAAGAUCCUGGUGGUAUGGAAGAAACUAGAAUGAGAGCUUCCACUUUACUUUGUAAGGUUUUCCUUCAACAUUUAAGUCCUCUGUUAUCAUUAACAACAUUUACAGCACUGUGGUUAACUAUAUUAGAUUUUAUGGAGAAAUAUAUGCAUGCUGAUAGAAGUGAUUUAUUGUCGGAAGCCAUACCAGAAUCAUUAAAGAAUAUGUUAUUAGUUAUGGAAACAGCUAGUAUAUUUCAUACAGCUGAUGGUAUAGAAUCACAGCUGUGGAAGUUAACCUGGGAUAAAAUUGAUACAUUCUUACCAAAUUUAAAGGAGGAACUCUUCAAACCAGGUAAUUAUUCUUUGUAA